AGCUUUUAACGACGAAGAUAAAGGACAUCUGAUGUGGCGGCGGUGGCCCAACAAGCUAUGAGCCGCUGUGGUCGGGUGCGAGGGCCUGGUCGAUCAUCACGUGUAACCUGGUACUAACCAUUGUGGAUACUCCCCUUCGCCCAACUGAUGACAGCUCGGAGACUCUCAGAUAUGAUGCUUGUUGCUAUUAAUAUAUAUGCUUCCAAGUCAGUUGUUGCCCACUCAUUAUCAGCCGAAGACAAGUAACCAACGACCACAUGUCCAACUAACGUCAUUCUUACCUGCACAGCCAACACCAAUGUCGCUUAGGCACCUGGGAGUCCAACCCUCCAUACAACCACAAACGUAUCUUUAACUAACAUGUUAUGUCAAUUAGACGAUAACCGCUUAACACAGAACAAAGCCAGCUGCUCAGUGGAUGUCGGGUACGUCCAGUAGAAGGAAAUCGGAUGUGUGUGAGGGAGACUCUGCCCCUUUCUGGUGGCGGGAUUCUGCAAUUUGUUUUG